GCGAGAGACGCAGAGCAGCGUCCAGCCUGCUGGAGCAAGAGGCGGCGGCGGGCUCUGGCUGGGCCACGCUGCCCCCCCCCCCGCGCCUCUCGGGCGGCAGCUGCUUUGCUUUGGCUCGUUCUUCUCUGGGCUGCCUGGCUCGUGUCCUCGCCAGCUCGCCCGGGUUGGGAGUGCGGGGGGGCUCCCAGUACCGCCUGCCGCUGCCUCGGUGGGGGCUUGGCAGCCCGGCUCUGAGAAGGCAGCGGCGAGCGACGGAAAGACUGGCAGCGGCCCCGCGUCCCGUCCCAGGAGCAGCUGCAGCGGGUCUAGGGACAGUAGAAGCAACACCGGCAUGUUCCUGGAGUGCACCUGGAGACUAUACCUUCUAUAAAGCUUGCUGAAGAUAGACAUAUGUGCUGCAAUGGUGACAUAAAUUAUUAAGCAGAACUGGAACAAGUUGUUGAAAAGUUGCUGGUUUUUUAAAUGCUGCUGCUGUUGGAAGCAAUCUAAGGCAAGUGUACAACAUGAGUUUUCUCAUGAAACUUCACAGACAUUUUCAAAGAACAGUUAUCUUGCUUGCCACUUUUUGUAUGGUGAGCAUUGUUAUUUCUGCUUACUAUUUGUAUAAUGGCUACAAACAGGAAAAUGAACUUUCUGAAAUCUCUUCAGAAGUGGAAUGUGGUGAUCUUCAGCUGCUGCCAUACAAGCUAAUGGAACUCAAGACAAUGAAGCCCAUUGAUCCCAUGAGGACAGAUCCUGUAGUUUUGGUGUUUGUGGAAAGCCAGUACUCAACACUUGGUCAAGAUAUAAUAACAAUUCUAGAAUCCAGCAGAUUUCAGUAUCACAUAGAGAUUGCUCCUGGGAAAGGAGACCUUCCAGUGCUUAUAGACAAAAGUAAAGGCAAAUAUGUUCUCAUUGUGUAUGAAAAUAUUUCAAAAUAUGUGAAUAUGGAUUCAUGGAACAAAGGCCUCCUAGAUAAAUACUGUAUUGAAUAUGGUGUGGGUAUCAUUGGAUUCCAUAAAGGCAGCGAGAACAACUUGCAGAAUGUUCAGCUUAAGGGCUUUCCUUUCCAUGUUCAUGGCAAUCUGGGUAUUAAGGACUGUUGUGUUAACCCUCAUUCUCCAUUACUUCAUGUAACUAAAUCCUCUAAGCUUGAUAAAGGUCCCUUGCCUGGAAAUGACUGGACAGUUUUUCAGAUUAAUCAUUCGUCCUAUCAGCCAGUGAUCUUUGCAAAAAUAAAGACAGUAGAAAAUCUCCCACUACCCAGCACUAAAAGUGCUCUCCAUGCUACAGUGGUUCAUGAUCUAGGGCUUCAUGAUGGGAUUCAGAGAGUCCUCUUCGGCAACAACUUGAACUUUUGGCUGCACAAGCUCAUCUUUAUAGAUGCCGUCUCUUUCCUGUCUGGGAAAAAGCUCACGUUGUCCUUGGAUCGGUACAUUCUUGUUGACAUAGAUGACAUCUUUGUUGGGAAGGAAGGAACAAGGAUGAAUGUCAAUGAUGUGCAGGCCCUGCUUGAUACGCAGAAUCUUUUGAGAGCUCAGAUUACAAAUUUUACUUUCAACCUGGGAUUUUCAGGAAAAUUUUACCAUACAGGAACAGAAGAGGAAGACGAAGGUGAUGACCUGUUGUUGGGCUCUGUGGAUGAAUUCUGGUGGUUUCCCCAUAUGUGGAGUCACAUGCAGCCUCAUCUCUUCCAUAAUGAGUCAUCACUGGUGGAGCAGAUGAUUCUCAACAAAAAAUUUGCCUUAGAACAUGGCAUUCCAACUGACAUGGGCUAUGCAGUAGCUCCCCACCACUCCGGGGUUUACCCUGUACAUGUUCAACUUUAUGAGGCCUGGAAAAAGGUUUGGAAUAUCAAAAUCACCAGCACAGAAGAGUAUCCACAUCUAAAACCUGCACGAUACAGACGGGGCUUCAUCCACAAAAAUAUCAUGGUCCUUCCUAGGCAAACCUGUGGUCUAUUCACUCACACAAUUUUCUAUAAGGAGUAUCCUGGGGGUCCAAAAGAACUAGACAAGAGUAUCCAGGGAGGGGAGUUGUUUUUCACAGUUGUUCUCAAUCCAAUCAGCAUCUUCAUGACCCAUUUAUCCAACUAUGGGAAUGACCGCCUGGGGUUGUACACUUUUGUGAAUCUAGCCAACUUUGUUGAAAGCUGGACCAAUCUGAAACUGCAAACUCUGCCUCCAGUCCAGCUGGCUCACAAGUACUUUGAACUCUUUCCUGAGCAAAAGGACCCUCUCUGGCAGAACCCCUGUGAUGACAAGAGGCACAGAGAUAUCUGGUCUAAAGAAAAAACCUGUGAUCGAUUACCAAAAUUCCUGGUUAUAGGACCCCAGAAAACUGGUACCACAGCUUUGUAUUUGUUCCUGAUUAUGCAUCCUUCCAUCAUUAGUAACUCCCCCAGCCCAAAAACCUUUGAGGAGGUACAGUUCUUUAAUAGAAAUAACUACCACAGGGGGAUUGAUUGGUAUAUGGAUUUCUUCCCUGUACCAUCCAAUGUCACCACUGACUUUCUGUUUGAGAAAAGUGCCAACUACUUCCAUUCUGAGGAAGCUCCCAAACGAGCAGCUUCCCUGAUUCCUAAGGCCAAGAUCAUCACCAUUCUGAUCGACCCAUCAGAUCGGGCAUAUUCCUGGUAUCAGCAUCAGCGAUCUCAUGAAGACCCUGCAGCUCUAAAAUUUAGCUUCUAUCAGGUGAUCACUGCUGGACCUCGAGCCCCUUCAGAGCUUAGAGCUCUUCAGAAGAGAUGUCUAGUACCUGGAUGGUAUGCCACCCAUAUAGAAAGAUGGCUAACUUACUUUCCAACUUACCAGUUGUUAAUUAUUGAUGGACAGCAAUUGAGAACUGACCCAGCUACUGUGAUGGAUGAAGUGCAGAAAUUUCUGGGAGUUUCUCCCCAUUAUAAUUACUCUGAAGCUCUAACGUUCGAUUCACAUAAAGGUUUCUGGUGCCAACUCCUGGAAGAAGGAAAAACGAAGUGUCUUGGAAAGAGCAAAGGCAGAAAAUACCCUCCUAUGGAUUUAGAGUGCAGGGCUUUUCUGUCAAGCUACUACAGAGAUCACAAUGUGGACCUGUCAAAACUCCUGCACAAAUUGGGACAACCCCUGCCAUCAUGGCUGAGACAGGAACUACAGAAAGUGAGAUAGCAUUGAAAGAAAGCUUCUUGAAAUCUUCUCUUCCAACUUUAGUCAUCUUACCUAAAGCCUUCAAUAUCUACCAGAAGGCAGGUGUAAAAUAUACCUCUUCAAAAGAGACUACAAAAAUGAAGUUUCUUCCAUAUGCUGGCAUGUGGAUUGUGAAAAUGAUUGUCACUUAAAACGCUGGAGGCCUGCAAGAUUUCUCUUCGCCAUUUCUGGGCCUGUGGAAUUGUUGUAAACUACUGUGCGCACAUAUGGAGAUCAAUAGCAACUGGUAUAAGCUUUAAAAGCAAAGCUACACAACUGUCCAAUUUAAUAGUAAAUAUUUACACUUUUAUAUUUGAACUUAGGAGUGUUGUGUCUCAUGUAAGUUUUGUAGCCCAUUGUUUGCCUGCUCAAGGGUUUUCAUACUUUUUUAUUAUUAUCAUGUGUCUUUAUACAAAACAAAACUAAGAAAACAUACAAUGGACAAAUGUACUCCUGCCUUUGGAAUCUGCUUACCAAAUUUUUUAACUUAAAAAUAAAUGAACAGUGUUGAAGAGUAAAAACACAUGUUCCUUAAGUGUAAACAGGACAGAGUAUGUAGUGUGAGCCAGAUCCUGAAUCCAGAAGCUAAAACACUGUAUCAAUAAGUAAGAAAUAUGGCCCUGAUCUGUGAGGAUGAAACCAUAAGAUGCUGUGGAUCCCUUUCAUGUUCAGAACCUAUGCUUUUAAAUACGGCACCUCCAUUCACAAUCAACUGAAACAGCAACAAAAAGGAAUAUAAACUAUCUGAAAAAAAGAUUAUUAUAUGAUUAAGAAGAAAUCGGACUAGAUAUAAAAUGCACAAAGUUAAAAAAGAAAUUCGUAUUGUAAUAAUCUGAGGCUACGACUACACUGGCACUUUAUAGCACUGUGACAUUCUGGCUCAUGAGAUGUGAAAAAACAUCCCCCUGAGCGCAGCAAUUUACAAUGCUGUAAAGCACCAGUGUGAGCCAGGGUACAGUGCUGAGAGCAUGCAGUAAGUUACUCCGCUCAUGGAGAUGGUUUACACAGAGUGCUGCAAGAUCUCUCUUCCAGCACUCAUACUGUGGCCAUGCUUUCAGUUUAAAGUGCUGCCGGGGCUACACUUUAAACUUUUUAAUGUGUAGGCAAAGCCUGAGUAUUAAAUUACAUGACUGUGAACCAAACCAUAGCAAUGCAAUGAACAAAUGACCUGAGUAGAUCUUUCACAUCUAUCUGUUGUUACAAGUUAUUGCACCUAGAUUCUGAUGUGACACCACUGUAAAUCAGGAAUAACUCCAGUGAAAUUAGUAGACUUACAUCAGUGAAAAACUGGUGUAAACAUAAACAGACCUAUAUUACACUGACCUGGGUUUUUUUGUGUUGUAUUUGAUUUGUCUCCCAAAACUCCUCCUCUACCAACUGAACAGUAAGUAGUGGCAUCUCUUAAUGCCUUCCAGUUUAUUACAUGCAAGUUGCAGAAAAUGUACUUGCUUUCCCAAAGGAGAUAAUUUUUAAAAGGUUUUGUAAUUAAAUGAGUAAGUUAAUAAAAAUACAGUGGAGACUCAUGAUACAAAAUUAGACUGCAGUACUGCAAACUACAGAUGUCAAUAAGUAAAUGAUAAGCCUAGGCUAAUCAAUUAAUCUUGUCAGCUACUCACAUUCCUUCCCCUUGCUGCCUCUGUAUCUCAGGCAGCAAGGGGGGGAAGCAGGAGAUGGUGCUGGGAGGAGCUG